CUUCUCGCACAGUGUUGUGACACGAGCGGGUGAGGGCAGGCAUGGCGGACCAGCAGGAUAAGACUGAUGCUGAAGGGAGCUUCCCCAUCGGUGGAGGCGGCAUUAAGGACGUCAGGAAGCUGAACAUUAAGAUGGGCUUCAGGACUUUGUCUUCGCCAAGGAAAGUCGACAAAGAUAAGAAUGAGCCUUCACGUUUCUUGGGAGAAGGGGUAAGCUUCAAGGCAAAGCUAAUUGGAAUUCUGGAAGUAAGAGAGGCUCGAGGAGACAGAAUGUGUCAGGAGGCACUUGCAGAUCUAAAGAUGGCAAUACGAGCAGCUGGUGAGCACAAACAGAGAAUAACCAUCAAUAUUGCCAUUGAUGGUCUUCGACUCAGGGACGAAAAAACAGGGGACUGCCUGUAUCAUCACCCAGUUCACAAGAUAUCCUUCAUUGCCCAAGACAUGUCGGACUCCAGAGCUUUUGGUUACAUCUUUGGGUCACCAGAUACAGGCCACAGGUUCUUUGGAAUCAAGACAGACAAAGCAGCAAGCCAAGUUGUGAUAGCAAUGCGAGACUUGUUCCAAGUAGUCUUUGAACUGAAGAAAAAAGAAAUAGAGAUGGCAAAGCAGCAUAUAGAGCAACACCAAAUCAAGCUGGGGGGAAGCCUCUUCUUGGAGUCGGGACCAAAUUCCAAGAAUGACCAGACUGGGGGCAAGAUGAGGACUAUCCAGGAAGACUCUGUCAAGGAGAACGGUUCUGUGGGGUCAUCGGGAAGGCCAGCUCAUCGGACGUCUGAGGUGAUAGCUGAUCUACUUGACCUGGAGUUCGAGCUUACCAGCAUCCAACAGGGACUGCAUCAGAUGCAGAGGAUAACACCAUCAGAUCCAUUUGGACCUUCAUCAGCCAAAGAUGUUACAUUUGGAAGUGAUCCAUUUGGUGAUUCUUUCACCCCAGAUACCAUGAUUCCACCUUCUAAAAUUGCCAAGUUUAAACCUGUAGCAAUUCUUCCCCCUCCACCCUCUGCAAAAGACACUUCCUAUUCCUCAGAUCCAUUCAAUGUACCUCCACCAGCAAGGCAUCCACAACGACGCAAUGCAGUCCGUGCGGAACGUUACAGUUCAGAAACUUUCAAGCCACCACCUGCAGCCCCUACUCAGCCAACAGCAGCACCAACCACACAGCAAGAGAAGCACUGGUUUGACCAAGAGACAGAAUCCCUAUUUGAUGAAGGUGAAUUAAUCACUCCACCAAUGUCAGCUGCUACAACAACCACAGUGACCACUACAAGUGCUGUGUCAGCCAUCUCACCAAAAACUGACCAGGAUUCAAGCGAGAGUCCACCAACACAUCCGAGUGGGAGCACCCAGUUUGAUGUCUUCACUGAGCUUGAUCCACUGGGAACUGGGCGCAGCAAGCCAUACGUGGACAGGAAAGACUUCUUCCAAGAGCUUAAAAAUCCACCAAAGAAAGUUCUCAAGGACCUGGUAACAGAGGCACCAGCAAGCGAAGCGACUGCCCCCUUGUUCCAGGCCACCUUUGAAACAGGUAGCAGCAGUGUGAAUGCAAGUGACGGUGUAGUGUCCACUGGGGAAGUUGUGUUGUCCGCUACAGACGCUGUGGAUACUAACAAUUCUAGCCCUCUAACCACCACUACCACCACCAUCACCACCACAAAAGGGACUCCCCUAGACGUGGAUCCAUUUGCAGAAACUGAUCCAUUCUAUAAAACUGAUCCUUUCACAGAAGAUGACUUCAGUCAGAUCUGUGAGUUUCCACCUCUAGCAGGAAGUCAGGAUCCCUUUGACACAGGGUUUGCAGAUUUCACGAUGUUUGGCAAAGGUCGGAAGUCUGACCUAACUGACACCAGUACAGAUGUAAAGAGAAGUUCUCCACUGCCUCAAUCCGACACAUCUGUGCCCUCUCCAGCUGCUUUCCAUGGACCACUGCGUGUCUCACUGCCACCAGAGUCUGUGUCCAAUGAAGUCUUUACUCCUACUACGACACAUUCUGCUUCAAUCCACACAGGAUCUCUAACAAAGGGAAGAAGCAAGACUCAUCGUUUCCACAAGCAGGCAACUAUGGUGAAACUGCCCAGCCCGAAGUCAAUACAGCGCUCCAACAACCGCAUGGCAAGGCAGAUGACAGUGGAUGUGUGUAGCAGCAUUCCCAAUCCCCUCCAUACCAGUAACACUCCUCCCACACCUCCUACACCCCCAAGAUCUGAUAGACGAUCACCAUCUGGCCAGGGCAUAACCUUUCGUAACCGUGGUGCCAUAACACCGUCGCCUCCUGUUGUAGCUUGUUUCCCAGAUGUUGGAGAUGGAGACAGUGCCUCACGGCUAUCUGGCUCCAGUGCAGAGCUUGCAGAAAUUGCUCCAGAACCUCCACCCCGACCUGCAGCCAACAUCACAGCCAUCAAGCCGCCACCACUCCCACCUAAAAGACAGCAGGCUAGCACAGUCAUCAAACCCCCACCUCGACCUCCCCACACUGAUGAGCAGCCCCAUUAUGACUACAUAGAUGAAACCUCAUCACCCACACUGCAGGAUGAAGAUGAUCUGAAAAGUCCUCCAAUUCCUGUUCCUGCAAGGAGACAAAAGUUUGGGGGCUCCAAUUUUGGAACAAUUCCAGACAGACCUCAAAGGCAACUUCCAGUUGCCAAAUUUGAAAAUGACAACCAGCCUCCAUUCCCUUUGCUGCCUCCCCCACAGAAGAAGAGUCCUGCCUCAGAUCUAAGGAAGAAUGGCCAGGCCGCCAAACCCCGUCCUCUUGCAGCCACCACGAUUGCUUCUUUGCUACAGUCCACAACCACUGCUACCACAACUCUGGCAGAUGAGCAGCCGUCCAAACUUCAGCAAACCAAGUCCCUUGAUAUUACACUUAGUCAACUGACAAAAACUGGACUGGCAGAUCUUGCAGCCACACUUGGGGUCUCACCUGGGCACCUGUCCAACAUGACACUUCAGGACCUCACAAAAUGUCUUUCACAACUCUCCGACAACUUCCUAGAUGAUCAAGCAGAGGGUGAAACAAUCAAGAGGGAUAAGUAUGCCACACUGAGAGAGUCACUUGAUGAGGAACCUACAUUCAAAGCUGAGUCUGAGACAACGGAAACAGCAGAGGAUGUGUUCCAGGAGACUCCAUUUGACAAGUAUGCAGUAUUCAGGGAAUUAAUGGUGGAAGAAACAAGCAAAGAGACUGAGAAGACAACCACUACAGCCACUGUGACCACAACCACCACCGCCACCACCACAGCCAUGUCUAAUAUUUCUGUUGCCACAACUGGCAUGAUCUCUGCUCCUGUUGUUGCAUGUGGCGAUGAGAAGAAAACAUCCAUUCACCCUGCUGCUGAAACGAGAGUGCAUGAAUCCACUCCAAAACAACAGACAGAAGACAGAUAUGCGGCCCUAAGAGAAAUAUCCCUUCAAGAAAUUGCCCCUGAGAAGGAGGAUGUCGACAGUUCAAGUGAGAAAGAGGACACAGAUGUUACAAGAAUGGAUGAUGACUAUGAUCUGCUCACACUGUCAAGGCAGCAAAGUGACAGCACAGAGUCUCCUACGGUGGAAACUGCCACAGUACGAGAGCCCCAGUCGAUCAUAGAAACCACCAUCCUGGAGGAGGAUGUCAGUGCCUUGGAGGCAGACAAUGAAGAGGCUGCAGAAGACAAGAUCACUUCUCCAACAGGGACUAAAGACAUUGCACCAGAGCCUUUAGAAGAAGCUGUCAAUGGUUCUUCCCCUUCUGAGAAGGAAGAUGCUGUUCACAAUUCUCCAGUAGAGUCUAAACAAAAGGAAGAAGAGGCACCAUCUGCAGGGGAAAGUUGGGCAAAGUUUGAUGGCAGCCACUUUGCAACAGAGAAGCCAGCAUCAGAAGGGCAGAGUGAGGGGGGAGUUUCACCCUGGUCAUCAGAUGGAAAGGAGUUCAACAAGAUUCCGCCAAUGGCAUGGCAGGAGGGCAGGGGAGGUGGCAGGAGAAGAAGGGCACGAAGAUCUGCUCCAUGGCGAGAGGAUGAAGAGUCUGAAGAAGGGUGGGAUGAUAGGAGAGGCGAAGAUGGAGUGUGGAAUGAACGACCAUGGAGAGAAAAUGGUUGGAGUGAUGGGGAAUCAUUUUAUGAGGAGGUGCCACCAGUGAAGGAUAGAGGAUACCGGGAAGAGAGGAGGGGUCGAAGGAGGAGAGUGUCUCCAUGGAAGAGGGGACAGAGAUCAUCAAGAGAUAUUUCUCCAUGGGAAUGUGAAGGAAGAGAGGAAGAAGAGGAACACUGGAAUGCAGGAGGUAGCAAGCAUUGGCAGGAGCGUUCCAUGGAUGAGGAGGAGGAAGAGGAAGAAGAAGAAGAGUAUGAGGUCUCCUGGAAGACGAGGCCCAAACACAGAGGGUCUUCCUGGGAUGACGAAAGGAGACGAAGGCUUGGUUCCAGGGAUCUGAAUGGUGUCGACUAUGAAGAGGGCAGGAAACGCAGGCCGUCACCAUGGAGAGACGGUGAUAGACGCAGCAGUUGGGAAUCUGCAUCUUGGGAUGAAGAUGACAGGUUCUCCCAACGAGAGGUGAGUGAACGACGGAUGAGAGAAGAGGAGUACAGGAGACGGUGGGAGCCAGAGAUGGAGAGCAAGGGAUACAUGUGGAGUAGGAAGUGUCCAACUGGGGAGGGGGAGUAUAUAUGGCAUGACCAGGCCACAAGGCGGAAACAGGACGGACCCCAUCGUUACUAUAGGGACAGGUCACGUGAAUCACCUUGGGAGGAUGAGUUCAGUGAGCAAGGGGAAGAUGAAUCACCUCGAUAUCAGAGCAGAAAGUGGAACUGGCCCAAGCGACCCAGCAGUGCUUCAGAAGUAAGAAGAAGCUCAGAGAAGAGCUCUCCAGGGGACUACAAGACCAGGAUGAUGGAGAAACAGCAGCAACAACACUCGCUCCCCACAACUGUUCGAAUGGAAGGAGACAAAAUGGGAAAUUACAGUUUCACAGAUAGAAGAUACCGUGAGAAGUGCAGUGGACGACCUAGGAGCAGAGAGAGCUACUUCAAUUCUGACCAGGAGUACGAGUACUGGAUCCACCAGGAUGGAAGGGCACGCAGAAUGGAUAACUAUGAGCAACGGGCACAAACACUUCAGACCAGACGCCGAUACAAGAAAGCUCAUGAACAGCGCAGCUACAACCAAAAGUCACCUUUUGACGAUGAUUUUUCAAUGCAGUCAUUUGAUUUUAGUAUUGAAAGUAAAAGUCAAGGUGUUGAAUCUGAUGCAUCAGACGGUGCAAAGAAGAAAUCUCCUCUCACUACAAACACCAGUAUAAAACCAUGUACGCCUACAAAUGCACUCUCAAAACGAAAGGACAGUCAGCAUUCCGAGUCUGAAACACGACCAGCUGAAGUUGUUCCUAGCAGUCCCCAUGACAGUCAUGAAGAUGACAUGGGAAAAACAAGAACAUCAAGGGGAUCUAGUCAUCGGCAGUCUCCAUUUGAAGAUGAUUUUACACCAACAGACACUCGAAUGUCAAACACAAGACUUAUGUCCAGCAUUUCUAGUGACAUUAGUGAUUAUCCAAAGUCUCCUUUUGAGGACGUUAGGAGUAGUGGCAGGGUGGAGAGUUUAGCAGAAGAAUCUAUGUAUGAAAAUGAAGUAGACCAAAGAAAUAGUAAAUCAAAUGAUGAUGUGUUCCUUCCAGCAGAGAAUGAACAUAAGUUCGCAGACUUUGAAAAUAACAUGUUUGAUAGUUGUAGUGAAUUUGUGCCAUCAAGUAAAAGUUCUACAGAGUGCCGACGUGUGGACAGGAGGGUGUUGGCUGCCAUGUGGAACAGUGAGGAAAGUAACAAGAAUGAAAAACAUCCAUCAACUAUGAAAGUUCGUAUGUCAAAUCUGAUGCGGGUCGAUUCUUCAUCAAGCCUAAGGAAAUCUGAAUCAGUGAAUAUUUUUGGACGUGAAAGUGAUCCAUUUGAUGAUGACUUCUUCAGCAGUGAAGCAGCAGUGGCAACGCUACCCCGUCAUGGAGCAGACCUCUCAAAUCGUGUGCCCGAUAAACCCAACUCUAACAACAAUUCAGAUGAACACUUUAAGUGGACCAAGGCUUUUGAUUCCUUCAACUUUGAAGAAGAGAAAUGAGGUUUUAUUCAAGACUUUUGAACCUAAGAUCUUCUUUUAGUUGUACCAUCCUUCAGAAAGUCAGCAGGUUGUUUAUUUAAUUCAGCAAGAACUGAAGUUCAUUUGUACAUUCUAAAUGAAGAGAUUUUAGCAUAUUAUUUAAGCGCAAUCAAAACAAUGCAAUAAAGUGAAGCACGUGGCUACACAUAUCCUCUAAAAAGUCAUGACAGAGUGAAUCACAAACAUUGUAUGUCAUCUGUUAUAACAUGUUCUUGGUGUUUGCAUGCCUUCAACUGCUGGAUCAGUUGAGCUUCAUAUGGCCCCACAGAACUACCAACAUUACAGAAUUAAAUGUGGAUCAAGGCAUGACCUGCAGGCUUUAUUAUUAUAUGAAUGUUGUUUGUAAUAAGACCAAGAGACCCUCACUGCAAUAAAAUGUCAGGUCAACCAUCAGAGCAUGCCUCGCAGCAGUCUGCCAAGGAAACUGUAGCUCCUAAACCCUUCAAAGGAAAAUCUUAUGUUCUAUCUGAAUUUUUAAACUCAAAAUUAUUUUAACAUUCCUCCAUCAAGCAGAAAUUAUGUUCUUGUGCUCAAAAUCUUGCAAUGGAGAUACUUUUAACUCAUAAGUAACUCAAAGCAGGCUCAAUGGAGACAUGUAUUCUUACACAAGCUGUUCAUGCUGUCUGAUUUGCCCUGCUGCAUUUUCAAAAUGAAGAUAACACAGAGAUACAAUGCAGAAAAUAAUUAUACACUGCUUUCAAACUUCUGAACAAUAAUUAUAAAGUAAAGUGAAAUAGUGACAUUAAGACUUACACAUAUAUUUUUCGUAUAUUACUUUCUACCAUUUUUUUAUUAGAUUAACUUCUGGAGUGUCACUGUUAAUAACUAUGAGUAGGAAACUUUCCCCACAAAAAGCUGACUGCUGCAACUACAUCCUGUUCCUCUUUUACCACUGAAAUGAAGGGGGCAUUCUACAUGAUGACAUCAGAAGCAAUAUCUCUGCACCUGAAUAAAAAAUAAUUUUAAAUGCUGGUCCAUCAAACAGAUCAGUAACCAUGAACUGAUGAAGGCAUUCUAACAGUACUCUACACCCAACCUAGUCGAACAGACUGGUCAAAGAUGAUGUGCCAUAUGUCAGGGAACCCCAGAUGUUCAGACUGUAAAAUGAAUUUAUAUAUGCGUGUAAUGUGAUUAGCAAUGUCCAACCAAAGCUUAACUCAAGUUAUUCUGUUGAGUAUGAAAGUGUUACAAUGUUUUGUAUGAUAGACUGCAUGUUGCCAUGUAUUUUGAAUGUAAAAUACUCAUUUUCAUUGUAAAUCAUUUGUGUGUUCUGUAUAGCAUUUACAUUGCAGUUGUUGAUAUACAUAUCCAUUAUUUAAAUUAUUAUUUUAUUUACUUGCUGUAACAUUUGAAGUAAUUUUAGGAUCCCAUUUUGUCUUAAUAAAAAUUACUUUUCUAGGUCAUUCCUAACACAACAAGUAGAGAGUAAAUGGCGGUUGUUCAUGGCCUAUUCAGACAUGCUGAGAAUACACUCAGGCAAGAACACCAUUUUUAGAGCUUCAUUUUGUGCAUAUUGAAGUAUAAAGAGAUUCUGAAGUUGUCUUGGAAACUCAAAUGAAGCAUAAAAAAGGUACAGGCAAUUGACUUUUAGACAUCUGAGUAAUGGUAUUAUUUCAAAAUUGAAUGAAUAUACAGUUUCAUCAUAAAGUUGGGGUUGGAAAUCUACCAUGUCCCCUUCUCAUAAGAACAUGUCAAAAAAUAUGUAACAACAAAUUUUAUAUUAUUCUUACAAGUCCCAAACACACAGACUGAUAGUUAUGGCAGAAAAUUUUGUUUGGGAUACCAAUAUUUUUAUAUGAGACUUGGGUGCAACAGGCUAUAAUAGACUAGAAUGAGGAUAAAAUUUGAGACAGGUACAGGUACUGGUACUGUGAUUUUGUACCUCCUUUUGGCUCAUAGUGACAGCUCAAGUGCCAUUAUGGAGUGCAAGACAGGCAUAAGCUUGGUCACCCUUCUUUGCAACAUUGGAUGGCUGUGAUCCCCACCACACUGAGCUCAACAGCUUGAUGUGUAUAGGGUGGCACCCCUGCAUAAAAACUUUUCUCAUCUGAUUUGUUCACACCCCAACCCUGACAUGUUAUUCCCACACAGCUUUCAGCUGUUGAACUUGCCACAAAUGUUGACAAGAGAGGUACCAACCACUCCAACCUAAUCUGUUUAUGUUCAUUCUAAAAUUAUGAUACCCUCAUGAGGGCACUUUGUAUAUGUUCAGUGUUUCGGGACUGAAGCAGGGAAUGUUGUAAAAUAAUAAAUUACUGUGGCUCUCCACAAUAAUAAAGAUCUGCAUUAUGUUUCAA